CGGAUAAGGCGACCGCGGGGGGCGGAGCAAGUGGUCUCUGCCGGGCUCUGCGCCCGGCUCGGCCCUCCCUGCUCGCGGCUCUGGCUCUCCACCAUGGCUCCCAAAGGCGGCUCCAAGCAGCAGUCUGAGGAGGACCUGCUCCUUCAGGAUUUUAGCCGCAACCUGUCGGCCAAGUCCUCAGCGCUCUUCUUCGGGAACGCCUUCAUCGUGUCCGCCAUCCCCAUCUGGUUAUACUGGCGAAUAUGGCAUAUGGAUCUCAUUCAGUCUGCUGUUCUGUAUAGUGUGAUGACCCUAGUAAGCACUUACUUGGUAGCCUUUGCAUACAAAAAUGUGAAAUUUGUUCUCAAGCACAAAGUAGCACAGAAGAGGGAGGAUGCCGUUUCCAAAGAAGUGACUCGAAAACUUUCUGAAGCUGAUAAUAGAAAGAUGUCUCGGAAGGAAAAAGAUGAAAGAAUCUUGUGGAAGAAGAAUGAAGUUGCUGACUAUGAAGCUACAACAUUUUCCAUCUUCUAUAACAAUACUCUGUUCCUGGUCUUGGUCAUUGUUGCUUCUUUCUUUAUACUGAAGAACUUCAACCCCACAGUAAACUACAUUUUGUCCAUAAGUGCUUCCUCAGGCCUCAUCGCCCUCCUGUCUACUGGCUCCAAGUAGACCGUGUCUGCUUCACAACCCCCCCGCCCUGGCUUUGUAUCUAUGGGUGGCCUGUGGUGUAUGGAAAAGUAACAGGGUGGUCAGGGUGGGAGACACACAGGAUGUUUUUAUAAGUCUGGAGUUUGAGGGUUUGAAAAACCUAACAAAAUGUAAUUCAGUAUUUGUUUAUUGGCUUUUUUUUUUUGACAGAUUGUUGAAAUUAAAUGAAUUGAAAGGGAAAUUCAGAGUACCAGGACAUUUACUAAAGGCAAAAAGUGUUGCAAUGUGUUAUAAUCACAAGAGGAGAAAAUAACUUGUUUCCUUGAUUUGUCAGAGGUCACAGUAACCUGGACUGAGCUGUUAUUAUUUAUAAUAGUAGCAAGAAGUUAAUAACUGGUUCUGUGUGUUCCAAGCACAAUAUUACAAGUUUUUUUGAACCAUAAAUGCCAGAAUGAAUCCUCUCCGUCUGAGGGAUUAAACAAAAGCUUCAUGUUUGCAAGUCUCGGAACUUGUGAUUUGAAAAAGCUCAAAAACAUGGUUUCUCCAUCUUGGGGAAGAGAAACUUACGGAAAAGUUGUUCUUUUUUUUAAAUGAAGAAAGGCAGCCAAAGUAAUGACCUAAAAAUAGUGCCCAGGCAUGUGAGAGUUGUCCUUUGGUGUUAAAGCACACACUGUUCAGCUCUGUAGCUUUGGCCCUGGGAAUGUCUGGGGAGGUUAGCCUGACCCUAUCAUGUUGGUUUGACCUGUUAAGAGAAUGGAAUCAUUGUUUUCCUUGACCAGGGUCUCACAUCAUUGGAGGAAUGUUCAAUGAGAACCUCUUUCCUGAAUAUUGAUGUGUAAAAGACCAAAGUUAUUUUUGUGAUCUUAGUUCUGGAACUCUUAGGAACUCUCCAAGGAAUUACAGUGGUUUUAGCACUGGUCAGCAUUUUUCCGAGGACUUUCAUAAAUUGACUGAAGUCCCUAGACUCCCAUCAAUAGUGAACAAAAUACUGUCCUCUUCAGUCUUUGUGGGUCCAGCCAAGAGCAGGCCCUUGGCAUUGUCUAACCAGUGUGUUUACAAAUAAUUAUUUUUUCUGUAUGCCAUGAUUUGAACAAGUUUGGGAAGCUCCUCUUGAACCUGUAUCACUUAGGAGGUUAUAGACCCACAGCUGAUACUCCUUUUAGCUUUUGACCACAUCUGGUAAUUUUCCACAAGCAGUACCUCAAAGGAAAUACAUUCCUAAUUACUAAUCAUAACUUGAAUUUUUUUGGCUUCCACGUCUAAAUUUAAGAUGAAUGUCGCAAGUAAUAUUUGUCGUUUAUAACUUUAUAGAAAGGUAUUCAUCAGGAGUUCAUCUUCCACUUCCAUGUUGUUGGAUGUUUUGAGAGGUCACGUCAAGAACCUGGAAGGAGGACAGGCCAGAAGUACAUUGGUACAGUGACCCAGAUCAUCAUUGUCUUCAGCUGAAUAUUAGAGUUCAUCAUUGCUUCUAGAAGUUUGCAAUUCUUUACUUUUCUCUGGUACAUUAUUAUCUGUGUGCCAGCACUUGGUAAUCUAGUGAAUGCGAAAGUCAGAAGAGAUACACUGCAACAUAGUGUGGCACAUAAAUUUAUUUUUAUUGUUUUAACUUUUUUCUCCAUUGAUUAGUACCUGGUCAGUGGUUUGAUGGCAUGGAGUUUGUGUACCAGAUACAUUUGCGUAUUUGACAAAUGACUAUUUGACAAACCAUCAGUGUCUUCUGUUUGUUACUAGAGCUGGGCCAAGUAAUUUUUUACCUGUAAUCUUUAAAUUGCAGGUAAAAAAUUGCCACUAGGUGGCGGUGCCUGUAUAGAUGGGGGUAAAAAAAUGCCACCAUACUUAUUAUGAUCCAGUAUACCUGAGGUGGGCUGGUGAAGUAGGGGCAUCAGCUUCAUAUUUUUAAUAGAGUGUCUCUUGAAAUAGAAAGUUGAAUAAUUGUGUAGAAAAGUAAGGAAGCCAAGUUUGGUUUGGGUCCUGAAUUUUUUUUUACGGGUUCUUUGGUUUUUAAUCCUGAUAAUGGUUUCUCAUUUUCUACACUGUUAGAUGAAUUUCUGUGCGAAAGUUUGAGACAUAUACUUAUAGUUCUGCAGUUUUAAUUAAGGAUUUACUGAACCAGUGCUUUGCUCUUUGGAAUUGCAGACCCCUUCCGCCAGCAUGUUCCCCAUCAUGUAGAAAGGCUGUGUGGCACACAGAAUUAGGAUGUGCUGGAUCUGGUUUAGUUAAUAAAAGCUUCCUGGAGAGUUUUUAUCUUAAAAAUACCCUGUAGCCAACAACAGUAAAAUAAAAGGGGUUCUGCUGUAAUUGGGAUUCAGAGUGAUUGAAUUCUUGUUUUUAUACCCCUUGAUAAGCAUUGGAACAUUUUACAUUUCCCUAUUUCUAGUUUCCUUGUUUAUAACUUAAUAAAAAUUUUGGGUUGAAAUUA